AUGGCGGCAUCGCUUGCGCCACUAUGCCACUCCGCGCUCUCCCCGCCGCCCCUCCGCCUCGCCUCACGCCAUUCGCCCUUCCGCGCCUCCUCCCAGCCGCUCCUCCCGCGAGGGGUGAUGCGCGGGUCGCGCGGGGCGGUGCGCCGCGCGGUGCAGGAGGUGCGCGCGGGCGUGGCGGAGGCGGGCGGGGAGCCAGCGCCGAUGGGGCAGGUGACGCGGUACAACGACUCGCCCAUCGACCUCGCGCUCAUGGGGCUCUUCCGCCGCAAGAUGGAGCAACAAAUCGGUGAGGUGGCGACGAGGAAGGGCGGGUACGAGGCGUUCGUGGAGGUGUCGCGGCGGGUGAUGCAGGGGCGGUCAGCAGCGGAGCAGCGCGCCAUCGUGGCUAACGUGCUCAUGUCGCUGCUGCCACCCAACGCCCCCGCCACUGUGAGAGCACCCCUCCUCCCCUCACUGCUACAUGCAGGCAGGGCGGUCAGCGGCAGAGCAGCGUGCAGAGCAGCGUGCACGGCAGCGUGCCGUGGUGGCCAAUGUCCUCAUGUCGCUGCUGCUGCCGCCCGCCCAACGCCCCCGCCACUGUCAGCCGCCCUUCCCUCUCACUGCCCGCCGCUCCUUGCUUCCCCUACCCCCGCCACUCUGACGCUUCCCCCCCUUGCUGCACCGCUGCCCGUUCCCGCUGCUCUCCUCUCUCUCCCCGCAUCCGCCAUUUCUUUUCACCUCAUUCCGUUAUGCGGCCCCACUCGCCCCCUUCCCCACGCCACCUCUUUCCCAACCCCCUUCUCCCCCGCCCCCUCUCUCCCCACGCCACUCGUCCCCAGUUCCGCAAGCUGUUCCCCCCCAGCAAGUGGUCAGCGGAGAUCAACGCGGCCAUCACAGUGCCCGGCUUUAAGUGGUCGUGGGGCCCUGCCAGUGAUGCUGUCCCUCCCUCGCUUCUCAUGCUGCCUUGCCCAUUCUUCACUCGUUUCCCUCCCUCGGUGCGCUCGCCCUGCCCUCUGUGCUGCUGCUGCUGCUGCUGCUGCUGCUGCUGCUGUUGCCCAUUGCUGCUGCUGCUGCUGCUGCACGGGGGCAGCUGAAGGAGGUGGAGGUGAACGGGCAGAAGCAGAUGAGCGGCGUGCAGAUCACCAAGUGCAGCUGUACCUCGCUGUUGCCAGCCGAUUCCCAUGGUACCUGGAGGUGAGUGGGUGUGUGGGCAUGUACCUGGAGGUGAGUGGGUGUGUGGGCAUGUGCGUCAACAUGUGCAAGCUACCCACUCAGGACUUCUUUACCAACGACUUCGGCCUGCCCCUCACCAUGACACCCAACUUUGAGGACAUGAGCUGUGAGAUGGUGUUCGGCCAGAUGCCCCCUCCCCUCUCUGAGGACCCCGCUCUCUCCCAGCCCUGCUUUGCCGCGCUCUGUUCCAUGGCCCAACCAGAGGCCGACAAGUGUCCACGUGUUCCUGAUGCCACACCCUGA